UACAUUAGACGUAUUAAUAGUUUAAAAUGAAUAUAGAAAUAACGAGUUUUACAAAUCCUUUCUCAUUUUUUUGUGUUAUUGAAGAUUUUCGUGAACAUUAUUUUAAACUUGAAAAUGAUUCUGAAGUGAAUAAAUUUUCAGUUAAUAAAAAUAUAAUUACAGAGGCAAACCAUGGUCAAUAUGUUGCUGUUAUGUGGAAAGAUAAGUGGACUCGUGGUGUUGUUUCGAUGGAAAAACAGUUUUUGAUAUGGUUGAUAGACUAUGGAAUAUUUUUGCGUCCAAAUGAAAAAACUUUUUUUAUAGAUCUUCCAUUAGAGUACAGAAAAUUACCAACGAAAGUAUUUGAAGCGAGUAUACAUGGCGUCGUUCCAAUUGAUAAAAUGUUGACAUAUGACUGCCAAAUUAAGAAUAAAACAAGUACAUCUUGGACACAAGGUUGCAUAGAAAAAUCUCAGCAACUUAUAAAAAAUGCAUUGAGAAUUUAUUUUCUGCCAAUAGCUCUUUUAACAACGUUGCAUAAUUAUGUGGUCAUUGGAGAUUUAUUUCUUGAAAUACCAGAAAAAGGAGUUGUCAAUAUAAUAGAUGAAUUGGAAACUUGGCCAGUAUUUCUAGAAAAAAAUCAGGAAACUUACAUUACAGAUUUCACAAAACUAUACGUAAGCCGCAGACAUCACCGUGCUUGCUUGUUGAAGCCAGAAAUACCUGGGUUUAAUCCUCCAGAAAUAACAACACAAUUAAAUUUGAAAGAAUAUCAAGAGAUUUUAAAAACAGUUCGAAAUUUGGAAACUCUAUUUGAAGAUGGCAAUACUGAUCUUGCAUCUUCUUCAGGACAGUGUAAGGACAAAAAUGCAUAUAAAAUAUCUCCAUCUGACAUAGAAAAAUAUUCUAACAGUUAUGUGACUAUACAUGGUCGUGAAUAUAAUGUUUUGAGUAUUUUAAUGAAUAAAGCCAGAGAUUUGAGUAUAUGUGAGCGCUACAAAGAUUAUGAUCUUAAAUGUGUUGGCAGAGGAUUCUCAUACAGGCAAUCGAAUAUUUCACCUUAACAUUUUAUUAAAUUUUUAUUCAACAUUCUUAUAUCUAUAUAUUAUAUAGGAGAUUUUUGGUGGUAGGGGUUUGUGCAAGUCUGAUUUGGUAGGUGCCACCCACUCAUCACAUAUUCUACCACUUAACAGCAAUACUUAGUAUUGUUGUAUUCCGGUUGGAAGGGUAAGAGAAUCGGUGUAACUACAGGCUCAAGGGACAUAAUAUCUUAGGUCUCGAGGUUGGUGUUGCAUUGUUGAUGUAAGACACGGUUAUUAUUUCUUACGGCGCCAACGUCUAUGAGGGUGGCGACCGCUUUUCAUCAGAUGGCGCAUCUGCCCUUUCGCCUACCUACAUCAUAAAGAAAGAGUUAAGAAGUACCUUAACUAAUUACUUUUCAGUAAUUAAACCAGAGUUUUUUUUUGUUAUUAACUGAUUUAUUAAUAAAUAUUAAGUUUGAUGUAAAUUUACUAUAAUAAUAGUAUACAGUUUAUUUUUCAGUAUAUAUUUUUUUUGUGAAAGAAAACAAAUAAAACAAAUAUGAUAA